AUGGCGCCCAUAAUGGAGGGCAGGCAUACAGUCCUGUGUCUCUAUGAGCCCAUCCGGGAACUGUGCAGUAUCAGCCUUUAUCAACCCAAGGGGAGGGCCCCAGGGUUUAUGUACAAGAGCCACGCCCCUCGGUGGGCCCAGCCCUGUAAUGACCAAGACCAGGGAGAUGUAGAUCCCAUUUCGGCCAAAAGAAGAAGCCAGUCUUCUGAGUCCGCAGGCGAACUCCUCAACUGCUGCCAGGCAACAAAUGAGGCUGUAGCUGAGCUCUGCUGGCUAGCCGCGGAGCACCACCAGUUGCUGGCUGAUCUCCUAUCUCUGUGUGGAGACUGCGCUGACAGAGUCAGGAUGGGUAAUCAGGAUGGGAAGCUCCAGGAUCACAGGGAGGGUCGUGGGAGCUUCUCGGGACAGGUCCUCAGCAGCAAUGCUCAACAUGCUCUCUCUAUGUCUCUGGGGCACGAUAGAGCCUCCUCACUGGGCGGGAAGCUGAAGAAGCUGGGGGGAAAGAAGUUAAACAGUGCAGAGGAGUUCCUGCACAGCAAGAUGAAGAAGAAAGUAGGGAUAGGGAGCACUGCAGUAGAGUCUUUAUUUUUUCAGUCCUCGACUCAGACCCGGGAUCAAUCCAACCUCGUCCCAGUGGCGGAGGAGAAAAUCAUUCCUGGGACCCCAGCCUUUCUCCAAUCUUUGGACACUCCAAUGUCAGGCUCCUAUGUCAGUGUGGCCAGCAACCCCAUCCUCAGUAUGGAGGAGCACUUCCAUAUCGCUAGAGAGGGCUGGGACUUCAUGGAGGAAGACUCUCGUGCCUCUGAGCCAGACCUGGACUUCUGCAACAACAUGUCUGAGUACGACAGUGAACUCUGCUUGGGCUACGAAGCUUCGUCCUGUAGUUUAUUGGAAGACGUGCAGGAUCAUGUUCAACUAGAGCAUAUGAUGAGUGGGAACAACAUUCGUCCCAUGAGGUCUGAGGACAAGUCAGCCCACCAGCUGUAUGAUGAGGUCAACAGGAGGGACACGGGGGUUAGGGUGGUUGCCAAGGGGCAGGAGAUGGAGGGCACAGUGCAACAUGUUGGCCAUAUUAGCCCAGACUGGUCCAAAGAGUUCUAUCCAGAGGCUGAAUCAGAUGUACCUCAGCCAGGGAUGAGCAGCUGUCAGCAGGGGUAUGGGGAGUGGAGGAGUCUAAACAGGGACAUUAAAGACACGGGAGGGACCAAACCUUCAGAGGGGCUGCAGCUGCAUCUCUCACUUCCUGUUGAGGCCUCCUCUGUCAAAUUCCACAGGAAAAGCCCCUCUUCACCCUCUCUGUGUGGGGUGUUCAACACCUCCUACCCUGCCACCAACAGUCUGCAGAGCAUGUCCCCAGUGCUGUCCCCUCUAUUGACCAAGCUCCCCAGCCCCCAGCUCAACCACCGCAUCCUGCUCCUCUCUGACGUUGACGUUGGCCAGGGGACUGACAGUGACAGCCCCAUGACUGGAUCCGAAGAGGAGCCCAAAGUCACCACAGAGGUCAUAGAUAAGAAUGGCAACAAGCGGACCAUCACACGGCUGGACCUGAACCUCAGCAGACUACCAGGGACUUCCAAAUGGAAUUUAAAUGGCCUAUCUACGGCAACAGAGGAGGCCGAUAUCUGGAUGCUGGACGGUGAUGAUGCCAUCUCCCAGACCCAGGACUCCCUGAACCGUGUCUCCCGUCCCAAUCACCUGGACUUCCUCAGGAUCACGCCCCCAGAGGAUGACAUAAUCGGAGAUACCCCCUACUACCCUCAACUGGAGUGCACGUCAGGGCGGGGGGAGGCGGGGCCAGACCGGAUAGACCAGUGUGCCGCAUUCUUUUCCAACCUGGAGGCUUUUCUCAGGAACACAGAGAUCUUCUGGAGAUUAUUCCGGGACAUGCUUCCUGCCUCUGAACAGUUUGACUUGACCGGGCACGUCAUUGGAAUUCUGCUCUACAAAACUGGAAGUUCUGGAACUCUGGAAAAUGUAGAGUAG